CAUGCCUGUAGCCCGUAGUUAUGGGCAGCACUAGUGUUGAUACAGGCCCUGACUCUUGGCAGCUGCAUGCCUGUGUGGUGAUUCUUGCACUAGAAGUGGUAGCAAUAGUCAAAGCAUGCAAUAUCACAGCAUGACUGCAAAUGACUUGAGUCAGAUAGAAGCUGUACAAAUAAUUGUUUAAGGAAACUUUGGUAUGAUCCUCUCUAAGAAAAAAAUAUAUCUUUGCUGAGAAAAGUUCAUUUGGGCAGAUGAGAACAUCUUUUUAAAGCUUUGGUUGACAUAAAAUUGGAGUGAAACUAAACAAUACAAACUACAACUGAGAAAAUCAGACAAAUAUGUGACCUCUUCUGUUUCUUUUUUUUUUGCUAUCACAGUGUUAAUUUAAACAAUCUAAGCCAUAGUCAUACCGUUUUGUCAAUCAAGUCAUAAAAUAUAUCUGCCAGUACUAUCUGACCCAGGCCUGCAGGUGUGCAUUCAAAAGAGGUGUGCAUGGGUUCUCACUGGUCUAGGUGAAUAUUUUUAGUUAAUGUUUUUGCACUUCCUUCUCAUCUUGUCUUUCCACUCACUUACUUUCACUUGUCUUUGACGGUGAUUGUGAUACUUGGGCAAUUAAUUCUAGGCUUCCGUGCAUUUUAUACACUAAUAUUUUGUGGCUGUUUAAUAAUACACUUUUGUUUUCUUACCUAUAAACUUUUAAUGAUGCAGCAUGCGUGCACACACUGACAAAGUUCUCUCCAACAUUCAUACAGUCAUAGCCUAGCCUGCGUGCAACUGCACCUUACCAGCUAAAAGUGAAAUCCCUUCUGCAAGGGCCCCCUGUAUGAAGCUAUUAAAGGAAAGGAGAAAGCUACCCAAUAUGGCACUUAAUCUGCUUUCUGGGAAUUUAAACCAUUAAUAUUUCAGUCACUAUUCCACUUACAGAGAGUCCAGAGAUAUCUACCAGCGAUAGUGACCAACACAAAAACUCUGUUCUUUACAUGAGAAUCAACUGAUCAACCAUUGUUGUAUACCCUUACAUUCACACAGACUUUAUUGCCCAUGUUUCAUUCAUCACUGUAAAGAAUUAAACACAUUUUUCUUGAUGAGCUUUUUGAUCAGCUUAAUGUUUUCUACUAAGAAUAGUUUUCACUUCUCUGUGAAACAGAACAAUCCAGAUAGCUACUCAAAGUAUUUAAGCUGUAUCCAUCUUCCUUAUUUUAACUUAAAGUGAGUGAAACUUUGUAUCAUAGCAACGAAAACUGAGUGUAGCAAUAGAAUUAAGUACUAACUUCCACUCAGCUCAAUUUCCUAUCAUUCAUUGUGUCAUGCUGAUCAGAGAGCUCUUUCUCCAGAGGUAUUCUGUGUUUUUUUUUCUCCCUUCCUCUCUUGCAUGUGGGGGGGAGAUACUUCUGCCCUUGCUGAGUGAAUUGGUGGUUAUUACAAAAUAGCCUCUAAUACAGCAUACCAAGAAUACUGUUUCUGGCUGUCCUUAGGUCGGCAUGGCCACAGCCAUCCGAUGGACAUGCCUGGCCGAGGGCUUUACGACGAGAGGGACAGUGGCAUCGCCAGGUCAGCUUCCCUGAGCAGCCUGUUGAUCACUCCCUUUCCAUCUCCUGGCUCCUCGCUGACAAGCAGCUGUGCAUCCAGCUACCAGCGUCGGUGGCUACGUAGCCAAACCACCAGCCUGGAAAAUGGUGUCUUCCCCCGAUGGUCAGUUGAGGAGAGCUUCAACAUGUCUGAUGAAAGUGGUGGACCAAGUCUUGGCGUGGCUAGAAAGAAGAAGAUUGCCAUAGGGGUCAUUUUUAUGCUGUCGCCAAACCCGGAAGAGAACAGCCGCUUCCAGGAUUUCUUUUUCUCCCACUUCCCCCUUUUUGAAAGUCACAUGAACAAACUCAAGAGCGCCAUCGAACAGGCCAUGAAGAUGAGUCGACGGUCAGUUGAUGCCAGUCAGAGGGCCUUGGCUUACAGCCGUAUGGUGGAUGGACUGAAUGAGUUCAGAAUGACCAUCUGCGACCUCUACACCAUGCCCCGUGUGUCUGAACCCGUCUGGUUGACUAUGAUGUCUGGAGUGUCAGAGAAGAACCAGCUCUGCGGUCAAUUCAUGAGGGAGCUUUCUCUGCUGAUGGAGCAGGCCUCCAAGAAUCAAUUCCUCCCCGCCUUAUUGACAGCCAUCCUGACCAAUCAUCUGGCCUGGGUGCCCACUGUUAUGCCCAAUGGGCAGCCUCCAAUCAAGAUCUUCCUCGAGAAACACUCCUCUAAGAGCGUUGACAUGCUGGCAAAGACGCACCCCUACAACCCCCUCUGGGCACAGCUAGGGGACCUGUACGGGUCCAUUGGGUCACCGGUGCGACUAUCAAGGACGGUGGUUGUCGGUCGCAGACAGGAGCUGGUCCAGAGACUCCUCUAUGUCCUGACUUACUUCAUCCGCUGCUCUGAGCUGCUGGAGACCCACAUGCUGGACAGCGCUGAGGACGAGGCUAUUGUUAUGCCCGGCUCCCUCAUCACCACCUCCUUGAGAAAAGGAGAGGUGGAGGAGUCAGACUAUGUCCUGGUAACCGUCCAUAAACCCAGUGGGGACUACUUGUCUGAAGGGGCAAGCGACCAGCAGACUGAAGCAGAGGACAGCAGCUACCCUUCAGACAACAGCCUCCAGAGCAGCACGUACACAGACACAGAGUUGGAGCAGGGGGCCGGGGACACACCUAAGGAAGAAGAUGAGGAUGAGGACGACGAGGAGGACAGCAGUGAGAGUCAAGGGUCUAGAAGUAGUGUGCUUCAGUCGGGACACAGUCAGGGUAACAACCCUGAUAUCAGGACUACAGAAGCAGAUGAAUCCAGGGAGCUGCGCAUAGAGUCCAGCAGUCUGCUGGCUACGGAAACCCGACUGGAGAAGGUGUUGCGUGUUGGCUCAGCUUCCCCCAGGGAGCAGGUUUCUGUGCUGGAUACAGAGAACAAGGGCGACCUCAAGCUUAUUGUCCCACCCAUACCCACAAUUAUUCCAUCAAGUCCUUCUCCAACAUCUAUCACCACAAACAGUAUAAAUUUCGGGGCAGAGGCUGGUAUGGAUGCAGGCAACCAGCUCCAGGCUCCUCGUCCUUUAGGGAUCCCUUUAGAGAAGAAACCCCCAGACAAAAGCCCAGCUGCUACAGUGCCAGUACCAAUUGCUGGGCCCAUGGCUUUGACUCUAACAGAGGAGGAAGAGCCUGCAACUAAAGUCACCUUCCUCAUUGGAGACUCCAUGUCUCCUGAGUCGGACACAGAGAGCCGCAGAAGGAAGGUGGAGGAAGAAAUCAAAAAGCACAAGAAACACUUCAAGGACAAACAACCGCUCCACCAGCAGCUGCUACUGCAUCAGCAACAAACGCACCUUUAUAAGCAGAGAGGAGGAGAUUCAAAGACCAGCAACAGCAGUGCAUCAGAGGACCAAAGCAAACAGACCAAGGUGGCUCCACCCUUGCAGCGGGUGUCCAGCAAGAUGCCUCAGUGGAGGCCCAACUGUGUGGAUGAUUUUGAUGAGUAUUUCAGUCUGGAGAACCCUGUGGAGACGAGGACUAUAGACGACGAGGCCAAAAAUCAGGAAGCCAGCACCACAGACAGUCUACACAAAGACUUGCUGGACCCCUCGGGAGUCCCACAGUCCAGUGACUUAGGGGCUCCAAGUUUCCAGGGGCCAGUAAGGGUUCAGGGGUUGGGUCUCUGUUUGGAUUCAGGUAGUGGACUGGUAGGGUCCAGCAGGAGGGGGGACACAUUGUUGGAUGUCCAGAGAAGGUGCAGAUGCGGGUCUACAGACUCCUCUGACACGUGCUGCUGCAGGGGCUGUUCUGCUGAGCAGGACAAUGGUCUUCUGUUGUCUGUCCCUGUCCCCCAGGAUGAAAGCAGCAGCAAAGAGGACCAAAAGCGGAAAGCUGUGCCUCUCAGUGACUGGGAAAUUCCACGCAAUGAGAGCUCAGACAGUGCACUGGGGGACAGUGAGAGCGAGGAGACAGAGGACUGGCAGGAGGAAGUGCUGGUGCCAUUCCCUGGGUCGAAGUUGGUGGAGAACUACUCAAAACCAAGCAUUGCCAAUUUUGGUCGCUCUCUGUUUGGAGGCUACUGCCCCACAUAUGUGCCAGACUUUGUACUGCAUGGAAUGCCUAGUGACGAGAAGCUACGACAGAGUCUCAUGGCGGAAUUAACCCAUGCUGUACAGCAUCCAGUAUUGGAUGAGCCCAUAGCGGAGGCCGUCUGCAUUAUAGCAGACACAGACAAAUGGACGGUGCAGGUGGCAAGCAGUCAGAGACGAGCCACUGACGUCAACAAGCUGGGGAAGGAGGUCCUGGUAUCCAGCCUAGUGUCCAGCUUAUUACAGUCCACUUACCAGCUUUACAAGCUCAACCUCUCGCCCAACUUUUGUAUAAUGCACCUUGAGGACCGCCUGCAGGAAAUCUACUUCAAGAGCAAGAUGCUUGCUGAGUAUUUGAAGGGCCAGACAAGAGUCCAUGUCAAAGAACUGGGAAUGGUCUUAGGAAUUGAGUCCAGCGACCUUCCCUUGUUAGCUGCGGUGGCCAGUACCCACUCCCCCUAUGUGGCCCAGAUUCUGUUAUGAGACUGGAAUGCCACUGAGGUCCUGAGCAGUGAGUGAGACCUGGGAAGUGUCACUCUGGCCCACCUGACAGAUGACCCUCAACAUGGUUGCCUGACCUUCUUUCCUGGGCUAAAUAGGAUCUGUGCUCUGAAGCUGAGCAGUGUACACGGACCACAGCGGGCAUCUUCCCUCAAUACCACAGCUGCUGAAUGUGGGGCAAUGUUGCUACUGCACCACUAAGGGGAACUAGAGACCACAGUCCCACAGAUGGAGAGAUGCUCUGUGCUGUAUCCCUCAAAUGACCUUUUCCUGUCUGAAUGUUUCUUUUACAACAGGACUCUUUUAUUUUUGGACACAAAAGCCAAAGACUUUUUUUUCCAUAUUGAUCCAGUUAAAGGAUGGAAAUAUCUACAUUAUAAUAACAAUGGAUUUUGUUUCCUCUUUCUUUCCGUACAAUCUUCAACACAGUGAUACAAUGGAAACUGAUGGACUUUUAAAGCAUUUAUUUAAAAAAUAUAUCAUUAAUAUCAUUAUCAAUCUCAUGCCACUUAUAUAUUUCAUUUAUCUUUAUGCAUUUGUUUACAAGCCAAUAUUUCACUCAGAUAUCUCAGUAACUUUGAUGUGCUAGUUUUUGUCCAAUUGCAGCACACACCUACAUUUAAACGCCUAUUUUCUUUUCACAUUGGGGUAUCGACACUCUGUGAUUUUGGUUCCACAAACUUUUUUUAAAAUAGCUAAAAGUGCUUUUGACAUUCUUAUCAUAGGUACAGCACUACCUCAGAUCUUCAAAUGGGCAGUAGAUGACUCACAUUUACAGUGGCUCCAUAGAAAACCCUGAGGUAAAUUUUUUUUAAACUAUUUUAAUCAGAAGAAAGGUUCAGCUGUGUGCAGACUCUAUGCUGUGUUCUUAGAAAAAUAGGGGAAGCUGUUAAAUUCCUUCUUAUGAUCACUUCACACGAAAAAUUGAAGAAAAAAAAACGUGUUUUUGCUGCAGAUUGUGACUGCGGGGGCGGGGGUCCCUUUCUACUGUCGAAAAGUUGAGCAAUGCAUUAUCUACAUCUAUUUUAAAACCAAAAUGCUGAGUAUUUUCUCACUUUUAUAGCUUCCCCACCUUUUUACGAUGUUUACGGCUUUGAUGUUUGCUGCAGAGAGAAGACAGAGUAAGCCUUAUAGUGGGUCAAAAAUAUGUAUCAGUUAACUCUAUUUUCAAACGCAUUUCUAUGACAUCUAAAUACAAAAAACACACAACCUACAAGUCUAUUAUUGCACACUUGACUUUUAAUUUCCCAUAAUAUUGACAAAUAAAUGAUUUUAAGUUAUUUUUUUAAAAGCAUAUAGCCAUGGUGCGAUUUGCUAUGGUGACACCGCUACGGUCACUUUCACAGGUUCUGUUAUUCAAAUAUUCCCUCUGUGUGUAAAUUUGAACCUGAUGGGCAAGUGGGACAUUUAUUUUUUUAUUUUUUUUUGCUUUCUGUGGUCAUCAGUUGAAAGCAUUGGAAGAUAAUCUGUAUCACAUUUUUCUGAUUGCAGGUACAAUAGGGUGAGUUAAAUUCCAGGAUGAAUGACUGCAAUAUUUACGAUAAAUACAUCCAAGAGCAUGAAUGGUGCGCAUACAGUAACACCAUAAUUAUACUGUAGCCCAGUCAUAGCCUUUAACCACAUCUGUUUACCUUGAUGUGAAAGGAUGUGAAGUUUAAUUUAUUCCAGCUCAAUAAAUAACUCCUCUUAGUGGAUUCUUGAAAGUAACUUUCCUAACUUUAUAAGAUUCAAUCUUAGAGGACCAGUGUGUAAGAUUUAAAGAAAUGUAUUUGCUGAAGUAAAAGUCAUCAUUAUUGGUUUAUCACCUGAAAAUAAGAAUUAUUGUGAUUUAGGUUGAGCUCACAAUGAGACUUUAUAUCGUUAUAUCAUGACAUCCACCAUGUUUCUACAGUAGCCCAGAAUGGACAGAAUGUGUUGCCUUCAGUUAAACUCGCUGUAGGUGCAUAGUCUUCGAUAGGGAGGCGGAGGUGAGGGGAUUUUUCAGUUUGUUUCAAUCUGCCAAUGCAUUGGUAGAAACCACUGAACUCGUCCCACUGCUUCUUUAAAGAUUGUAACAUGUCUCAGGAUUCUUACAUUGUUUGGAGCGGAGCUUGUUGAUGGGAUGGUGGUACAGCAUGUUAACAGUAUGUAUGCUGUGAAUAACUUAUAUUGCUAGAAAUUCAAGACGCGGAAUCUGACUAAAAUAUUUUCUUUUUUCUUUUUAAAACUCAAACGGCACCCUGUAUAUGACCCAAGUCUUAAUGGUAAAUGUGGCAUGAAUGCAUCACAGGCUUGUGGAGAGCUCAUUUUGCUGGUAAAAUUGAAAUAUAUUCAUGCUUGUUACUGUAUGAAGAUGCUCCGCUGUAUCAGCCUACAUUUUGUAUAACCCAGCCAUUAUGUUUUAAAGGUAUGAAUUUAUAUCUGCUUUUCUGUCUUUGUAUAUACAUAAAUUAUUUAGUUGCCCAUGGUAUGUGUAACGGUUCAUGUUAAACUGUACAUACUGAAGUUUAUUUCCAUGUAUUUGUACAGAAUGUCUUUUAAGAAUUGUCUCCUCCAUUUAUUUUUUUCCCAAUUUUAUGGGAAUGUUGUGCAAUAAAGAUGCAGAGGUAAAGGUU